GCAGCCAUUGUUUGAUAGAUGUCCUGUGACUGAGAAACAGGUUUUUAACUUUACUAUUAUGCCUUUGGAGAUGGAGCCCAAAAUGAGCAAACUCACCUUUGGGUGUCAGAGAAGUUCAACAUCCGAUGAUGAUUCUGGCUGUGCCUUGGAGGAGUAUGCCUGGGUUCCCCCUGGCCUUAGACCGGAGCAGAUCCAGCUCUAUUUUGCUUGCUUACCAGAGGAAAAGGUUCCUUAUGUUAACAGCCCUGGAGAGAAACAUCGGAUUAAACAGCUUUUGUACCAAUUGCCACCACAUGACAAUGAGGUGCGGUAUUGCCAGUCUCUGAGUGAAGAGGAGAAAAAAGAAUUGCAGGUGUUCAGUGCUCAGCGGAAGAAGGAAGCACUUGGGAGAGGGACGAUUAAACUCUUGUCCAGAGCCAUCAUGCACGCCAUGUGUGAGCAGUGUGGGUUGAAGAUAAACGGAGGGGAGGUUGCCGUGUUUGCCUCUCGUGCGGGCCCCGGAGUGUGCUGGCACCCAUCCUGUUUUGUCUGCUUCACGUGUAACGAGCUGCUGGUCGACCUCAUCUAUUUUUAUCAGGAUGGAAAAAUUCACUGUGGCAGGCACCAUGCGGAACUGCUUAAACCACGGUGCUCGGCAUGUGACGAGAUAAUUUUUGCUGAUGAGUGCACAGAAGCCGAGGGUCGCCAUUGGCACAUGAAACACUUCUGCUGCCUGGAGUGUGAAACGGUCCUCGGAGGACAGAGGUAUAUCAUGAAGGAUGGCCGCCCAUUCUGCUGUGGCUGUUUCGAGUCUCUCUAUGCCGAGUACUGUGAGACGUGUGGGGAACAUAUUGGUGUUGACCAUGCUCAGAUGACCUAUGAUGGGCAGCACUGGCAUGCCACAGAAGCAUGCUUUUCUUGUGCCCAGUGUAAAGCCUCUUUGCUGGGAUGCCCCUUCCUUCCCAAACAAGGUCACAUUUAUUGCUCAAAAACAUGCAGCCUCGGUGAAGAUAUCCAUGCCUCCGAUUCUUCUGACUCUGCAUUUCAGUCAGCUCGAUCAAGAGAUUCCCGAAGAAGUGUUCGAAUGGGCAAAAGCAGUCGGUCAGCAGAUCAGUGUAGACAGUCUCUUCUCUUGUCGCCAGCUCUGAACUACAAGUUUCCUGGCCUUUCAGGCAAUGCUGAUGACACUCUUUCUCGGAAAUUGGAUGAUCUUAGUCUCUCCAGGCAAGGAGCAAGUUUUGUCAAUGAAGAAUUUUGGAAAGGCAGAGUAGAGCAGGAAACCCCAGAAGACCCUGAAGAAUGGGCUGAGCAUGAAGAUUAUAUGACACAGCUCCUCCUCAAGUUUGGUGAUAAAAGCCUCUUUCAGCAGCAGCCCAGUGAGAUGGAUAUUCGAGCCAAUGACCAUUGGAUAUCUGAUAACAUGGUUAAAAAUAAGACUGAGUUAAAGCAAAAUAACCAGAGCCUUGCAAGUAAAAAAUACCAAUCUGAUAUGUAUUGGGCACAGUCACAAGAUGGUUUGGGCGAUUCUGCUUAUGGCAGCCACCCAGGCCCUGCAAGCAGUAGAAGGCUCCAGGAAUUGGAUCUGGACCAUGGUGCUUCAGGAUAUAAUCAUGAUCAAACACAGUGGUAUGAAGAUUCCCUAGAGUGUUUGUCAGACUUGAAACCAGAGCAAAGUGUUCGGGACUCUAUGGAUUCUUUGGCUUUGUCUAAUAUCACAGGAGCUUCGGCAGAUGGGGAAAACAAGCCAAGGCCAUCAUUAUAUUCUCUGCAAAACUUUGAGGAGAUGGAGGCAGAAGAUUGUGAGAAAAUGAGUAAUAUGGGAACUUUGAACUCUUCCAUGCUGCACAGGAGUGCAGAAUCCUUAAAGAGUCUAAGUUCAGAGUUGUGUCCAGAAAAAAUCAUGCCUGAAGAGAAACCAGUACAUCUGCCAGUGCUGAGAAGAUCCAAGUCUCAGUCCAGACCACAGCAGGUCAAGUUUUCUGAUGAUGUCAUUGACAAUGGAAACUAUGACAACAUCGAAAUCCGGCAGCCUCCAAUGAGUGAAAGGACUCGGAGACGGGUCUACCAUUUUGAAGAGAGGGGAUCCAGGUCUCAUCACCAUCGCCGCAGGAGAAGUAGAAAGUCCCGCUCUGAUAAUGCCCUGAAUCUUGUUACAGAAAGAAAAUACUCUCCCAAGGAUAGACUGCGGCUUUACACCCCUGAUACCUAUGAGAAGUUUAUACAGAAUAAAAGUGCCCGGGAGAUCCAAGCAUACAUCCAGAAUGGUGAUUUCUAUGGACAGUAUGCCCACGCCACUUCGGACUAUGCACUGCAGAACCCAGGAGUGAGUAGGUUUCUGGGACUGUAUGGUGAGGAUGAUGAUUCCUGGUGUUCCUCCUCCUCAUCCUCUUCCGACUCAGAAGAAGAAGGAUAUUUUCUUGGACAACCAAUUCCUCAACCCCGGCCACAGAGAUAUGCCUACUAUACAGAUGACCUUUCUAGUCCAACUUCUGCACUCCCCACCCCUCAGUUUGGUCAGAGAACAACUAAAUCCAAGAAGAAAAAGGGACACAAGGGCAAAAACUGUAUUAUUUCCUAACCGAGUAGCUAUGGAGAUCAUUUGUUUAAAACUUAGCCAUUAACUGUCAGAAUCAUAUCCUUUUUCUUCCGUAGGAAAUUUGCUAAAAUAGUUUAAAGUGCUUUGCCCAUGUAAAUGAGAACCCCACUGCCGUUUACAGUGUCAGAUUAACAUUUGAAAGGUGUGAUUUCUCCAGUUUACUCUCCUUGGAUGGUACCAGGAUGACAUGACAUCUUGUGCCUACUGCAUUACAGUUUUAUAUAGCUGCUUUGGUCUCCAGACCUCAAGAGAAUACUCAAGAAACUGUUGCGAAGUGAUUGGAUGGCGGUAUUGAUUUUUGAAGAUGGAGAACUCCAGCCACCUUUGUAAAGCAAUAGUGUUUGUUGUUUAUGUAAGUCAGGUUGGCUCAGGUCUGUCUUGUUGUGAGGCAUGCAUGUCGUCACAGUGACCUAGCUAACACUGUGCAUCCUAUAUUGUGCUGGGGCCAAUUUGUCCCCUUUCAACUCUCAUCAGCCAGGUAAACAUUGUAUUAGCUGCAGCUACAGAUUGAAAAAAAAAAUUGCUAUUUAUAAUGUAGUAUUUCAUAGACUUAAGUGUAUUCCUAAUUUAACGGUGCAAAUAUUAAUGUAUAUACUGUACAGCUAAGAUUUUAAAGCUGAUAUUUUUAUAAUCCCUGAAUUGCAAGACGUUUGUUACACUGCAGUGCUAGAUUUGUUAGAGAACCAGAAACAGCAUUUAUGGUUGAAAUGAUUGCUUGUAUUUUAGUCAGGGUUUAUAAGUUUAGAUGGUCAAAUUUAUAUUGCAUAGUGAUGGAAAGGUUUUUUUUGGUUUUGUUUUUUGUUUUUUAUUUUUUCAAUAUUAAAAAAGGCUCUGUAUGCAUGGUGGGGCUAUGUAAAUAUUCUUUAAAGCUAUGGCCCUAUUAAUCUUACGAGUGUUAUUUAUGGGUCAAGCAAUGUAAACUGUAUAAAUGUAAAAACAAACAAAAAAACCCUACACAUACCCCUAGAAUAUAUGGUAAAAACAAGUAGAAACUGUUUGGGUGAAUUUUUUUUCUCCUGGGGGGAGGGUACCAUUCGCACUCUCAGCAAGAUGGUGAUUAUCUCAUGGGAAGAGUCCAGAACUAUAAGGAUCUGCUUUUUGUGGCAGAGGACUUAUGUAGAUUUAUUAUUUAAAGAGAGGUUAUUCCUUUUUAUCCUUGACUUCCAGCUAAUUUGUUGGCCUUUUAAUAGCAGUUUUGAAAACUGGGUCUUCUGGUUAUGUUUUUCUUUUAAAAUCUUCAAAUUAGAAGACACUGUGCCACUGAGUACUUCGAGUUAAUAUGAGGUUCUAGUUAAAGGGAAAAUUAUGUUGGAUUUGAACUAAUGAACGGAUAUUGUGAUAUGUGCCAUUCUUGCAUAUACAUCUCAGUCCUAACUAAAGGUCCUAGUGGUAACCAGAACCUUUAGUGAGGUAUUUAAUAAAUGCUUAAUAAAUAACAAA